AUGUCCACAAAUCACGACUCGUCCGAUCACGCUUCUUCUUCAAGCCACCACACAAAAACUUAUCGCAAUCCAUCACUCACGGUAGAUGCCAUUGUUCCCGUACGUGUGCAUCAAUCACAUAAUAUCGAUGAUGAAGGCUCAUUUCAUAUUUGCCUUAUUACAAGAGGAAGAGAUCCCUUCAAAUCGUGUUUGGCUUUUCCUGGUGGUUUUGUUGAUUAUGGAGAAGAUCCCGAGAUUGCAGUGCUCAGAGAAUUGGAAGAGGAAACACACUUGAAAGUUUCCGAAACCAAGACACUUGAGGAAUGUAGAAAGAAUCUUCAACUGAUUACUGUUGCAGGUAAUCCACAAAGAGAUCCUCGACGUCACACUGUCUCAGUUGUUUAUGCUGUUAAAUUGGAAGGUCCAUAUGCAUUACGUAAUUUGAAAGCUGAUGAUGACGCAGAGUCGGUCAGCUUUUAUCCUUUGAGUUCUCUUGUCAAAGGAAUUGAAUACGAAUUAGCUUUUGAUCAUCAAAUGAUUUUGGAAAAGUUUGCAAAAUGGUUCAAUGAUUUUGGAAAAGAUCAAGAGUUUUAUUAUGAAAUGGAGGUGGAUGAACAUUUGUAA